AAAACCCAAGUAUGUUUGACACUUUGACGAACGACGAAGGAAGUGAUGAAAGUUAAAAACGAAGUUGUACAAUUUUGUAAACAUAGAUCCAUAUGCUUUAUUUAAUUAAAAAUAGAUCAUGAUAUACUAUCAUACAACUAUCUUAAAAUUAUAGUGUUUUCUAAUUGACAUGGUGAUAUGCAAGUGCAUAUAUAGCAGUUUCGAUUAUACCUCUAAAAACUAAUAAGUUUUCGCGGAUUCAUUAUAAGAUUUCAAAAAACAUCUGAUUCUUCGUCGUUAAGACAUUAUUUGAUGAAUUUGUAAUGGUCAAAAUCGAGUAUACAUGUCGAAAAUGUCGAAAAUAAAGAAAUUGACGGGGUCAUUUCGAUACACACAAUGGGACCCAUGCCUUUUAAUAUCCCAGAUAUUAGCAACGCAGUUCAUACUCUACGUUACACUUAGUCUUCUGGUCGCGAUUAUGCAGGACUUAACCGGAUCUACGAGGACUUUGGACCACAUAUUUGAAUAUCAUGAAAUUCACGUUAAAGAUAGUGAAGGGCGAUCAAUAAUAUUAGCAUUUGUCCUGAAUGCCAUUAUUGGUGCAUAUUUAUUAUGGUUUCUGGUAGGACGAACAAAGCUGUGCUUGGAUUUCAGUUGCACAUAUUAUGGAAUCCACCUUAUUGUGUGUUGGUUCUAUAAUGGAUUAUUCCCUACGACUUUCUCAUGGUGGGCGUUGAACAUUUCUUGUGCUGCAAUCAUGUGUGUAGCAGGUGAGUUUCUCUGCCUCAGGACAGAGUUACAAGCCAUACCACUCAGUAACAUUGGAGCUAAAGUUGAUUUAUGAGAUAAGAAUGUCAUGAAAUGAAAACCAAAUUUGACUCAAUAUCUUCUUUAACUUAUUUUUGUUAGUUAGUCAUAGAUCCAGUUAUCUAAUGAUCAGAAGUAAAUUGAAUCUGACCUGUUAUGAUAUUUCCUACUAUGUAUAUAUUUUAUUUAUAACUAUGUAUCAAUUAAAUAAUAUUCUUUUUGUUUGUUCAAUUUCCAUAGAUUUUACCAUAAAAUAAUUCAAGCCAUUGUAUAAAACAUUUUUUUUAAAAGCCUCCAAUAACUGAAUUAAGAGCAAUACAUACCUAUAUAGAUAUUAGAAAAAAAUAACUGUUAAAAUUUAUUUUUAUAAGUGUACAGAAAUGUUCUAAUAAUAUUGCCUAAUUUAUGUU